AUGCCCAAUGAAUUGAUUGACUGGUUGUGCGAAUCAGUGGUGUUUGCGAUGCAUAUAAAGUGCAUUAUAUUGAAUGGCUUCAAGUCUUACGGGACGGAGACUAAGAUCGACGGCUUUGACCACCUCUUCAACGCCAUCACAGGUCUGAACGGUUCGGGAAAGUCCAACAUUUUGGACGCCAUCUGCUUUGUGCUGGGGUUGUCGCGCAUGGACUUAGCAAGGUGCAACAACCUGCGCGAACUCAUCUACAAGAAUGGCCAGACGGGUGUCACCAAAGCCUCGGUGUCUAUAAAGUUUGACAAUAAGGACAAAAAGCAAUGUCCGGCCGGUUAUGAGAAUUUCGACGAGAUUGUCAUCACUCGAGAGGUGAAUAUGAAUAGUCGGUCCAAGUAUUGGAUCAAUGGCUUCACGUCUAACAAUCAAAGUGUGACCGAUUUGUUUCAUUCGGUUUCACUGAAUAUACAUAAUCCACACUUCCUUAUAAUGCAGGGAAGGAUCACUAAAGUGCUGAAUAUGAAACCCAAUGAGAUCCUAUCGAUGGUCGAAGAGGCGACCGGAGUGUCGAUGUAUGAGCUGAAGAAGAAGUCGACACAGAAUAUGAUCGAAAAGAAAGAUUCGGCGCUUAGAGUGAUCGACGCUCUUAUCAAUGAGACAAUUGUUCCCAAAUUGGAUCAGUUGAAGAAAGAACAGUCCGGUCUAAUGGAGUUCCAGAAGAUUAGCGCCGAAUUGGAGUCUUUAACUAAAGUUUUCAUCGCUUUUCAAUUCUUGAAAGAAGAGGAGAACUGUUUAAAGGCUUCCCAUAAUAUUGAGGCGAAGAACGAUGAGAUCAAAGGUAACCAACAAUUGAUAGCAGAAGCGGAGACCAAAGCGAAAGACAUUGAAACCAAUAUAAAGACAUUGGAAAAGAAAAAAGACGAAGAGUUUGGCGGAAAAUUGAGUCAAUUGGAGGACAAACUAAAGAGCGAACAGUUAUCGGAAGCGAAACACACGGGAGAACUGAAUAUAGCUUCGGAUGAACUGAAAGAGAAAGAGAAGAAAGAGAUCCAGUUCUGCAAGAACUUGGAGGGCGACCGCAAGAUAACGGGUUCUAAACAAAAACAAUUGGAUUCGUUUAGUGAAAAACUGGAUCGACUUCGAGGUGAUAAUGAACUCAAAGAGGAAACCCUGAAAAAGGCUGAGAAAGACUUCGAAGACAUCAGCGCUGGUAAGUCUCGGGCACAGGAAGGAGAAGCGUCCGCCACUUUGGCCGACCAACUCAUGACAGCCCAGAAAGAGAUCGCAACCGCAGAGACGGACAUAAAAAAGGCUGAAAUGAAAAUAAAACACUCAAAAAGUGAGUUAAACAAAAAGGACGCCGAAGUGAAGAAAGUGAAGAAUACUUACGAAAAGGAUAUGAAAGAAAUUAAUGCAAUGAAUAGCGAAGUCGAGAAACUGAGACGAGAUCUCGAGGGUCUCGGGUUUGAUGAACAAAGACAUACGGAUUUGAGAGCAAAUUUAGGUCAAACGAAGCGUCAAAUCGACAAAUUGUCGGAUGAAAUCUCGAGCGCUGAGUCCCAGAUGUCUAGAGUUAGGUUUGAUUAUAAGGAUCCGCACCACAACUUUGAUAGAAGCGCUGUUAUUGGCGUCGUUUGCAAUCUUUUUCGCGUCAGAGACACGAAGUAUGCGUACGCUUUAGAGAAGGCCGUCGGCGGACGACUGUAUAAUGUAGUGAUGAGAGACAGCCAAUCGGCCAAAGCUAUCCUCGAUAGGGGACAGUUGCGGGAGAGGCGAACACUUAUACCACUCGAUCGCAUCCAAGGCUACGACGCCGACCCCAGAGCGCUGAAGAGAGCGCGCAAUAUUGUCGGCCACGAGAAUGUGGACUACGCUAUCAAUUAUGUGGAUUACGACCCGAGUCUUAGCGUUGCGAUGAAACAUGUUUUCGGCGACACAAUGAUUGUGCCCGACAUGGAAAUCGCCAAAAGGAUUGUCUAUGAAGUUCACAAAACUGCCGUUACUUUGGAUGGAGAAGUGAUUGAACCGUCGGGUGUUCUGUCCGGUGGCUCCACAUCACAAGGAACUCAACUCUUAGCAAAAGUGGCAGAGAUUUUAGACAAGCGAAGAAUGUUUGAGGAAUUGAAACAUUCUAUGACUGAAAUGGAGAGAGAAUUUCAAAAUUUAAACAAAGACUCCAAGAAUUAUAUGACAACUAAACAAAGCUUUGAACUGAAGGAACGCGAAGCAGAACUGGUCCGACAGAGACUACAACAGGGAAACAGCGCUCACAGUCUGAUGGAAGAGAUCGAAGCGUUGAGACAAACGAUUGAAACCGAAGAGAAAGCUCUUAAGGAUUGCGCGGAGAUUAAGAAGAAUUCGACAAAACGUGUGAACGAAUUGAACGAUAAGCUCAAGAAUUCAAAGUCUAUUCGCGAGAGAGAACACAAAGAGGCGGAACAGAACCUGAAGAACGACCGCUCAACACAGAAGCAAAGGAAAUUGAAUUAUCUCUAUAAGAACAUCACCCGAAGACAAGUGGAUAAACAAAUGCUUGACAUUCCAUCCGUCGAAGAAAUCACACAACAAUUUCCAGAAGUGACCGAAAGUCCGAAGAAAGACAUUCUAAUGAAUGCAUUCAUUAAACGGAUCGACGGAAUCGACAUUUUCGGCCUAUUUAUCGCUAAUAUUGUCCAAAAGAGAUGUUUACGGGAAAAGACAAACCGUGACAACGAUAACAAUGACGACAAUCUGUCGCUAAAUAUGAAACAAGUGAAACAAUUAAGUGAUGAACACAACAGUGAAGUGAAUCCAAUUGGAAAACAAAUGACUGACGGCCUCUUUAAGCAAUUGGCGAAUGCAAUCAAAUUCAUGGUUAAAAUGUUUAAUAAGUGUUCGCUUAAAAUAGGAGACAUCGACACCGAAGAGGAAUUGAUCCAAUUAUUUGUCGUUACUUUGGAAUCGAUUCAAUUGAUAUUAAACCAAAUCGAUUGGAAGCAAUUAAAUCGCGAAGAUAUUCACGCCAUUAUCAAACUUAUUUCCCAAUCUAUGGAUUUGCCAAACGAUUUAAUUCACUAUAAAGAAACAAUUUGCCAAAUACUGAAGACAUUGGACUUUCAGAUCAACAUUUGUGUCCCAAAAGCGUCCGACUUUGAAGUAAAUGAUGCUUUGGAUGCGGUGUCUGAAGAAUAA